CUCCAAACUUCUGACUCCUUAAUCCAGUCCCCUCCCCGCAACGAAGCAUCAAUUAAACAUACAUACAGCUUCACUCAAACUCCAAAAUGGCCGACGUUUCAAUCUUUAACACUUUGGCUCCGUAUCAUAUCGUUGCAUAUGGCACCCACCUCGGUGCGCAGAUGUGGCAGACCUUCGUCAGCGGCAUAACCGCCUACCAAACCCUCGAGCGCGCCCACUUCUCCGCCCUCCAACAACGCGUCUUCCCCCGCUACUUCACCCUCCAAACCACCCUCCCCCUCCUCGUCGCGCUCACCUACCCUGGCAUCGCUUCCGGGCCCUCCUCCUACCACGGCGCCCUGGCGCCCGCAAACCACUGGAGCGUCCUCUACCCCCUGACCACAGCCUUCGUCUGCGGUUUCCUCAAUCUCGUGUUCGUCGGCCCGAAGACGUCGGAGCUGAUUAAGCUGCGGAAGGCGCAGGAGAUCAAGGAUGGGAAGAAGAGUAUUGAUCCCGCGCCGCAUAGCAAGGAUAUGCUUGCCCUCAACAAGAGGUUUGCGCGUGUGCAUGGUGCGAGCGCGGUGUUGAACUUGGCUAGCUUGGGCGCGACUAUCUGGUAUGGGGUUGGGCUUUCGGCGAGGUUGUAG